CGGACGUUACUUUUUUUAAAUAUAAAAUAUUAAUAUUAAAUAAAUUUGUUUCUUAAAAUGUCUCCUUGUAGUCGCAUUCUUCUACAAUAUUUUACAUGUCGAAAUGAGACGGGUAUAUGAUUUGACAUUGGAGAGAAAGAGAGAAAGAAUCCGGAAUCAGCUGCGCGAAAUACGAGCACGACUUUUUUUUUUUUUUUAGCUUUUCCUUCCUUGUGAGUGGAAGAGCGCCUUCAGCUAACUUGAGCUAUAUAAAGACUACAAGGAAAAGGACAUCUACGAGCACGACUGCACUUGAACAGGUGUAUGUCAGUGCACGCGAAAACUGGUGUGUUGCAGACGAAUAUAAACACGAAGGAAGCAAGGUGAAGAACAUCGAGGAGAUUGCACAUCCAAGGAGAAGCAAUUUCUUUAAGUCUGAGUAGAACAAAAUUUUUUAAUCUUUAUUGGAGACUUUAAAGAGGAAACAUUAUUUGCAGUCACUUUAAUCGUCAUUAUAAAUCCCGUCUAAUUCAGGAAAAGGAAUUCGUAGCAUGAAAGUCAUAAAAGGAAACUGGAACACUCUUUUAAGCAAUUAUGAGGUUCUGGAUAUCCUGCAGAACACGAAUUCGUACAAGAAAAAGAUGACGCCACUCGCGACCAUCUCUUAUCAAACGAUCAAGUAUCUGGAGGAGAUGCCAUGUAAAAAACAGAAUCCAGAAAAAAUCCACGAGUUUCUGAAAGCAAUGGAGUCCUUCAAAUUGACUAAGGCUGAAAAGCUUACUCUUCUCAACCUGUGUCCUACCACACAGCUCGAGAUACAAUUGAUGGUGGAAGAGAGUGAGGAACGGUUAACGGACGAAGAGGUAGAAACCUUGCUUCAGAUUGUUGCAAAUGUACGGGGGGAUGAACAAGACGCAGAACAAGAGACAACCUAAUCUUAGACCUUAAAAAAUAACUUAUUUAAAUAUAUUUUUUUGUAUGUACAUUUUAUUUUAUAUAAUAAACACGACUGGAAAUAUAGUAUAUAAUUAAAUUAUUGUGC